ACAGGUACAGGCUGGAGGUUUGCCUGAACUCCCAGGUGGCAAGGUGUUGAGCCUGGAGGAGGUUGAGAGGCUCCAGCAGACUCAGGCCGUCCCAAAUUGAGACUGCUCUAGUACUGUCUUAGUAAAAAAUACACAGUACCUUGCCACUCGAUCAAAACUUAUUCCGAGUCAUUAUCUUCCACCACAAACCGUAAAUAUUGGCUGCUGUUCUUCCUGACAAGCAUAGAAACAUUGACAAGAGUAACAAGUGUUUUGUGUUGAUAAAUUUAACCAGGAAAAUCUGCUUUAUUUUUUAAGGAUUGCAUUUGUGGAUUGGGGAAUAAAGGCACCUGUUUUCCUUUAAAAAAUAUGCUGAUUUAAGAAGUGUUAAUCUUAUGAAACUGGUAUUUAUUUUCAAAGCAGGUGUGCCUGUAUAUACAAAGCAUAUAUAUGAAUAUAUAUACAUUAUGAAUUUAAAGCAACCAUUGCGUUAUGUUUAUAAUGAA